AUCCAAUAUACGGUUGCAACGUUUCAUUAGAAAACGCAUCAUUUUUGGAAAGGUUCAGAUGUACCAUAAUAAGUCCCCUUCAAAUGAUUUAUCAGUUGAAUGUAAAAGAAAAAUUAAAAGGAUACUCUUUUAUGGCAAAAGAUCGAUUCCCAAAGGCUUCUUUGCUUUUAGUUAAUACCUACUUUGGUUUUGAGUUACCGCAAUCCUUACCACCAAAUAUUCGGGAAAUCGGACCGGUAUUAUCAGAUAAAUUUCCACCACUCACACCCGAACUCUCUAAAUUUAUGAACAAACAUAAACGAAUCUUAUACGUUUCUCUUGGUACAUUUUUCUACACAACCGUCGAAAACAACAACAAACUUUUACAAUCCUUUAUCGAAUCCAUCAACAAAGGCAUAAUUGACGGUGUGAUUUGGGCAUUAGUUCAAACCUCGGUGGAUGCUUUUGAUUCCACAUUAAACCUAACGGAUGGUACACGCGUUCAAACCUCACCAAUUCUAAAUAACGAACAUCCACAUAUUCGAAUAGCAAAAUUUGCACCACAAUUUUCUAUACUUAAUCAUUCCAACACCAAGCUAUUCUUAAGUCACGGGGGAGCAGGAAGUUCUCAUGAAUCUUUAUUUACCGCCACACCAAUGUUGGUAUUACCUAUCACUGGUGACCAAGUAGGCAAUUCCGAAAAAUUAGAAAUGGCCGGUGUGGCAUUAACUUUAAAUAAGCUUAAUUUGGAUGUUAAUGAUAUAGUGAAUAAGAUUGAUUUUUUAUUAAAUGAUGAUAAUGUAAAGGCGAAUUCAAAGAAACUAGAAGUUUUAACGAAGCUUAACAGUAAAAGGAAGUAUAAUGCCGCUGAUUUAAUUGAAUAUGUUUUACAUAGUAAUGUUUCUAGCGAAGGAUUUUUAAAGGAAUGGAUUCCCGCUGAUACUAAAAUGGGAUUUAUUAGAGGAAAUAAUUAUGAUGUUUAUGGAGCUUUAUUAGGUUUGAUUUUUGGAAUCGGAGGAGGAAUCGGGUGGGUCACAUUUAGAUUAAUUAGACUUGGGGUAAAGGAAUUUAGUUCAAAAUUGAAAA